AUGACUGUCAAACACAAGGGAAUAUGGGAUGUUCUUUCUUUGUCUGGCUUAGAGAGUGUUAUCUAUGUUACCAAGAAUACAAGGCUAUAUUUUGCUAUGAAGAGCAUGGAGGGUUAUAUUUGCUUUCAAGAGUAUUAUUCAGUCUCUGAGAAAUACCUGUAUCCUAUUUCUUUCUCCAGACCAGGACUCUGUCAGAUGCUUAUUGGUAACUCAGAAGCCGUGUGGGAGCGGAGUGCGCCCCUCGAGCGGUCUCCGAUGGUGGCGUGGUGGGUGGUGGGCGCCUGGAUCCUGGACGUGGCGCGGGCGUUCUGUCCCCCCGGCUGCUCGUGCAACGACACCGCCCCGAGCGCCCGCUGCGUGGGCGGGGGCAUCAACGUGAUCCCCAUCCUGUUCAACCCCGGCCUGCGGCGCCUCAACCUCGCCCACAACGCCAUCAAGUCGCUGGACCAGACGCUCGUCUUCCUGGACAAGCUGGAGGAGCUGGACCUCUCGCACAACCUGCUCACGUCCAUCGACACGGGCAACUUCGAGGAGCAGAGCCGCCUCCGCGAGCUCAGCCUCGCCAACAACAACUUCACGGCGCUGUCGCCCGGCGCCUUCAGCGGCCUGGCGGCGCUCAGCGUGCUGGACCUGAGCCACAACAGCCUCUCGGAGCUCCCCGUGCGCGUGCUCGACGACCUCCCCCACCUCACGGUCCUCAAUCUCGGCCACAACCGCCUCCACAUGCUCUCUAGGAGGACCUUCAGAGGCCCCCACAGCCUCCUCGUCCUCGACCUCUGUGAUAACUACUUCCGCGACGUCCCGACGGAGGCCCUCGAGGACCUCCUCACCCUCCAGAAGCUCCACCUCUGUCGGAACCGCCUCACGCGGCUCGAGGCCGACUCCUUCCCGACGGACACCCUGGUCGAGCUCUCGCUGGAGACGAACAGCAUCGACGCCAUCGAGGACGCGGCCUUCGCUCGCCUGCGGCACCUGCGGACGCUGGACCUCGCGUGCAACCUCCUGGCCGACGUCCCGACGGACGCCCUGGCCUCGCUCCUCGCCCUGGAGGCCCUGUACCUCAGCAGAAACAAGCUGCGCGCCAUCCAGGCCGACGCCUUCAGAGGGCUCGGCCGCCUCAGGACCCUGGACGUCUCGCGCAACCCGCAGCUGUCGAGCAUCCACGGCGACGCGCUGCGGGAGUGCGCGAGCCUGCAGAGCCUCACGAUCUCCAACAGCCCCGGCCUGCGGCGUCUGCCCGAGGGCUUCCUCUCCUCGCUGGUCGCCCUCCACAACCUGGACCUCAGAGCCAACGGCCUCGAGGGGCUGCCCGAGACGGACUUCGACUGGGGCUCCUUGAAGACGCUGGACCUCCGGGACAACCCCCUCGUGUGCAACUGCUCGCUGCAGUGGCUGGCCUACGCGGUGAGCGCCACCAACAGUUCCUUGGCGGCGCCGGACCUGCAGUGCGCCAACCCGGAGAAGCUGCGCGGCCUCUACCUGUCCAGAUUGGUACCGACCGAACAGCUGUGGGGAGAGCGUGCAGGUUGUGGUCGCCAUCUUGGUUGUGAGCGGGGCGGUUGUGCUGGGGGUCAUGAUGGCGCUUCUCCUGUGCAGGUACUGGCGGCGUCAGAAGCGACAGAAGCUGAGCACGGGCUGGCCUCCCGACGUCCUGGGGCCCCCCUGGUCCCCCCAGGACCCCCCGUCACCCCGAGACACGUAAUGACCGACGACUACACGUACCAGGCGCCGUCGCUGGUCGCCAAGGUCCCCGUCACCAAAGUGUGAUCGGUCGGUCGGUCGGUCG